AUGGGUGUUUCUAUCAUUUCUCUCGUCGCGCUGGCCAUCGCAGGAUUGGCCUUUUAUAAGGUCGUGAUAUACCCCUGCUUCAUCUCGCCACUCGCAAAGAUCCCCAACGCACACUGGAGUGUCCCUGUUUCCCCGGGUUGGAUGCUAUGGAAGAGAUUCCGCAUGCAAAAUAAUCGUACCAUCCAGGCGGCGCAUGAGAGGCUCGGUCCUAUUGUGAGACUUGGACCUUCGGAGAUAUCAGUGAAUUGCGUCGAUGGAGGGAUCAAAACUGUCAGCAUGUUCACGAUGAUCGGUACCAAGUCCCAUUCCGUACGCAAGAGAAUGCUGUCCAACAUCUACUCGAAAUCAACCUUGCAAACGUCACCUCAUCUACGCGUUGUCUCGAAUGCAGUCAUAUACGAUCGCCUACUUCCGAUAUUGCACGAUGCAGCAAGUUCAGAGCAAUCGAUCGAUGUGCAUGAUCUCAACCAAGGCUUGACAAUGGACUUCGUCUCCUGCUAUCUAUUCGGCUUACAGAAUGGGACGAAUCAUUUGCAGGAUCAUGAAUUCCGCAAGCACUGGCUCCACAUGUACCUCUGUCGCAAGCCAUUUGAAUUCUACCACCAAGAGACCCCUCAGUUGAUCGACUGGAUGGAAUGUAUAGGUUUGCGUCUUAUCCCAAAGUAUUGCGAUACCGCCAAUGACAUGCUCGAUGCGUGGGCACUGGAUCUAUGUGGCAAAGCAGCCCAGUCAUUGAACUCAACGGACCCCACUGUCGAACCUAUAGUAUACAAGCAGCUGAAGCAAAGCUUGGAUAAACAGGCAGCAAAAGAAGGGGGUCCAAAGCCAGACCCGGCAGAGCAACAGAACGAUAUUGCAUGCGAGAUGUACGACCAACUAACAGCGGGGUUUGAAACUAGUGCUGUUGGUCUAACUUAUCUCCUGUGGGAAUUAUCCAAGAACCCAGAUCUUCAGAGCAAGCUUCAUGAAGAGCUGAUGACAUUGGAUCCUCCCAUCGGGAUACCCAAGUCCGCCGAGCUCCCUCCGGCAAAAGCCGUUGAUGCACUGCCACUGCUGGAAGCUAUCGUGACCGAAACAUUGAGACUUCACGCUCCAAUUCCUGGGAUCCAGCCACGAGUCACACCAUCGCCAUCUUGCUCUCUCGGGGGUUAUGACAAUAUCCCAGCCAAUACCCGUGUUAAUGCGCAGGCUUACUCGUUGCACCGCAAUCCAGAAGUCUUCCCUGAGCCCGAGACUUGGAGGCCGAGCAGAUGGCUGAAGGAAGAAAAUUCGACUGUCGAUCUCGAAGAACAGAAGCGUUGGUUUUGGGCGUUUGGAAGUGGUGGGCGUAUGUGUGUCGGAAGUAAUCUCGCGUUACAAGAAACCAAGCUCGUCGUAGCAGCGAUCUAUUCCAACUUCCGAACCACAAUCGUGAAUGAUGAUGGCAUCGAAGCUAUCGAUGCAUACACGGUCGGUCCGCGAGCCGAGCAGUUGAUCCUGAAAUUCCAUCCACUGUAG